CCGCAGAACCCCGAGCUGGCCGCGCGGCUGGAGCGCAUCAGGGCGCAGCUGGCGAGCGAGGAGUACCGGCGCAUGACCCGCAACGUGAGCGCCGCGGAGCUGAACCGCUACGGGACACUGGGCGAGUUCGGGAGACAAGUCCGCUCCGUUAAGGCCGUGGUCAUCGCCGUGCUCAACUUCUUCGUCACCGUGGCGGCGGCGUUCGCCUGCGCCUACCUGGGCAGCCAGUACAUCUUUGCGGAGACGGCUGCGCGCAUCUUGUCCGCCGUCAUCGUGGCCUCCGUGGUUGGCCUGGCCGAGCUCUACGUCAUGGUGCGGACCCUCGAGGGGGACCUGGGGAAGCUGUGACCACGUCCACCCGCGCCAACGGCCUCUGCCCAGGAGCCUUCGCCUCGGGCAGGGUCGUCCUGGCACAAGCGGCUGGUUGUCCCUGGAAAACUGCUGCAUCCCUCGGGCGUCAUCCUUGUGCACUCCUUACAUUCCCAAAUAAAUCAUGGAUUAAAGACCUCGCAGCUGCGGAGCGGAGGAGCCCAUGGCAGCGGACUCGUGCUCUGCCAGCACAGAGAGAGGCAUCAGCUGCUGUUACGUUUCUUUUGGGAAGCUGC